CCAAGUGCACUUUGAGAAUGCCUUCCAGUAUUGCCAGUUAGGAUGCAGGAGUUAACGGUAUUCCUCUUCUUCAUCUUCUUUACUAAGGGUGUGGCAGUUGAUGUGAAUCAGACUGUGACCGCAAAGGAGGGAAAUGUUACUUUUCAUGCAGACAUCCCGAGAGAGAAUUCCACUGAAGUAAACUCUCCCACCAUCAGAAGGGGACACUCUGACAACACAGCCCAGUGUGUACUGGUGUGUUCAGUGAAGAAUGGGGAAGAAGUCAUCUUGUCCUUGUAUGGUGGAGAUGAUUUGCUGAACCAGACCAGCAGUCCAAACAUCACUGUAGACCUUUCGGUCUCUCUGGUGGCAGAAAAUGGAAAUCGUAGCAUCUUCUCUUGCAUGGCCUCGAACCCAGCCCGGAAUAAGACAACUCCAGUCAACACAUCAGAUUUCUGUGCUCAAGAUUCUAUGGUUCUGCAAAUAAUUGGAGCUUUAUGCAUGACUUUCAUAUGUUGCUUCCUGGUGGUAGCGGUAUAUUAUGCCCACAAGACACUCAGGACAAUCAAAUUUGAAGCACACCAUAGUGUUGAGGAGAUCAACUAUGCUGAUGUCAGCAUUCAAGCACACUCGUUCAACCCCCUAAUAGAUGUCACCAGUGAAUCAGCAUCUGAAAUCGAGACCUUGGUGCAAUGUUCGGAGGACCAUAUUGUGUACUCAGAUGUUAAAAUAUGCUAAGUUUGUUCUUUUCUGCUCUUAUCAUCUCUUGUUUUUACAAGUUACUACUACAUUUAUUCAAUGUUUAAAAAUGCUUUGUUUAUUUACA